AAACCUCAAGCAGCCCCUCUACAUCCCGCUAAGCUCCUCCCCCUGUGAAAAGCGGGCGAGUUCUAGGUCUCCGCCUCGUGGGCGCGCGCGCCGACUUUCCAGUCGCAUUUGGUGACGCCAUUUUUAUAUUUAUUAAUAUAUAGGAGACCCUUAAUUUUUUUUUCUUUUGCUGAGUAAGGCGGCGAGGGGCUGGCGUAGCCUCGGUUGCCGUCAGCGAAUCCUCAUGGUGUGAGAUCGGGGUCGAGCCUGGUGCUUUACUACGCGAACACACCCCCCAACAGUUGUUCGCCCUCUUCGCCGUGCCGCGGGGGAUAGUGGGUAAACAUGGCGGCGGGCGGCAGCAGUAGUAGCAGCAAGGCCUCUGUGGGGGCAUUGGAAGCUUCUUUGGACCGGAAAAUGCAGUCUGUCACCAACACCAUGGAAUCCAUCCAGAGCCUGAGCUCCUGGUGCAUCGAGAAUAAAAAGCACUACAACACCGUCGUGCACCAUUGGCUCAAGUGGUUCCGCAGAUCUGGUUUCAGUCAUAGACUUAACCUCUUUUACCUGGCAAACGAUAUCAUUCAGAACUGCAAAAGGAAAAAUGCCAUUGUGUAUCGGGAGGCAUUUGCAGAAGUGUUACCUGAGGCUGCUUCCCUAGUAAAGGAUGGAGCUGUAUCAAAAUCUGUGGAGAGAAUUUUCAAGAUCUGGGAAGAAAGAAAUGUUUACCAAGAGGAUGUCAUCGCAUCUUUCAAAUCUGCCUUAAGAGAUGGAAAUUCAGGGAAGCGAAGUAGAAGCUCCCGCCCUAAACCAGAAAAGGUACAAGAAGGAGAUGGAAAUUCGGAGAAGCGAAGUAGAAGCUCUCGUCCUAAACCAGAAAAAGUACAAGAAGCUCCUCCCGUAACUCCAAAAGCUGAAUUAAAAUCGAAGAUUGUGGCUGAAUUUAGGCCCCAGAAACUGAUUGACGAUCUGCAGGUAUAUAAGCGUUCAGUAGAUAAUGUUGAUCUUCAAGAACAGCAGCUUUCGAACAUGAGAGUUGACGUCUGCAGCACGGAGACCCUGAAACGCUUAAAAGAUAAAGCUGGAGGGAAAAGGUUCUCUAAAGAUUUUGAAGAAGCAAGUGCAAAGCUGGAAGAGUUUGUAGGUCUUCUGGAAAAGCAGGUGAAAAAUGGGCCUCCUUUAACAGAAGCAUUGGAAAAUGCUGGCAUAUUCUACGAAGCACAGUACAGAGAGGUCAAGGUGGUGGUAAAUGCUUACAAGACAUUUGCUAACAGAGUUAGCAAUUUAAAGAAAAAGCUGGAUCAGCUGAAAGCUACACUACCAGAUCCUGAGGAAUCUCCAGUGCCAUCUCCCACCAUAGAUGCUCCAUCUCCAACAGGCUCAGAGUCUCCAUUCCAAGGCAUGGGUGAUGUAAGCCCUUUGUCACCUGAGAUAGAACCCAUCCCACCUAUCUCGCCAGAGCCUCCAAAAGAUAAUCGCAUGGUAGAGGACAUGGAGUUAUCUGAUGUAGAUGCAGAUGAAGAAGUACCUAAGAUUAUCGUUGAAGAAAGAAAAGAGGUCCAAGCUCCAUCUAGUUUGGCCUCUGUCGCAGAUGAUGCAACUACGUCUUCCACAGAAAUGACCAACAUCACUGCAGCUGCAUCAACCCCAACAUCUAUUCCGGCUAGUCUUCCGACACCUACUGCUGUUAGCACACCUGUUUCUGCACCAGCUCCUGUUGUUUCAGCAUCUGCAAAAAUAGUAACCACUCCCACCAUUGCCCAACCAGUUCCCCUGGCAUUGCCAAAUCUGGCCAAUGUAGAUCUGGGGAAGAUUAGUUCCAUCUUAAGUAGCUUAACUUCUGUUAUGAAGAGCACAGGAGUGAGCCCAGCAGCCAAACCAUCGCCUGGAACACCAACAACACCUACUUCCAGUUCUGGACUGAAGAACCCUGUGCAUAUCCCACAAAAUCCUUUGGCUAAUAUUUUGUCUAAAGUUGAGAUAACGCCAGAAAGUAUACUUUCUGUGCUGUCCAAAUCUCAAGGUCCUUCCACAUCAUCGUUACAAGGUUUGUCAUCUUUGAUUCAAAGUGUUGCUGUAAGCACUGCUCAGUCAAGUGGAACCUUAUCUCACAGUACUUCAACAGCGCCAAUCAACAGUACUGUUCCAACCAUGAAAGAUCGUAAUGCUCCAUCUGUUACUCCUCCUUUUGUGUCUAAAAAUGUUGAUUUGUCUCCUACUCUCAAAAAAUCAGAAAUGUCUUCCUCAUCUCUGUCCAAGACAUCUGCAGGACAUAGUUCAAAUUUAAAGCAGCCAUCUAAUACUCAUGGGUUUGCACUUCAAACCCCUUUAUCGACAGAUAAAAGCUCAAGUCAGCCAACAGAACUACCCAAGCCUGCUAGCGAGGCUGAACCGUCUAGUCUGGAAAUGAAAAUUCACAAUUUUUUAAAGGGUAAUCCAGGCUUUAGUGGACUAGAUCUGAAUAUCCCCAUUCUUAGUGGUAUAGGUCCCAAUACAGUUUCUGAACCAGUCUCUGAAUUUCAACGUGGUCCUUCUAGCACUACCCUUGAGAAUGUAGAUGGAACUCCAGUUCGCGAUGAAAGAUGUGGAACUCCAACGCAGGAUGAGAUGAUGGAUAAACCAGCUGCAAGCAGUGUUGAUACUGUUUCCUUGUUAUCAAAAAUAAUAAGUUCAGGUUCAUCUACCCCUAGUAGCACGAGAUCCCCACUUCUAAAUAAGGAUACAGACUUUCAAAAGCUUGGCAGUAUGCCUCCUUAUCGAUCUUUUGUUGUUGGAGAAAAUUCACCAAAUGCAUAUUUGCAGCCACCAGAUAGCAGAGGUAAUCCUCCAUUUAUGGAUUCUUCUCUGAAAAAAAAUUAUCCUGAUGCUUCUUUUCAAGAGGAUGAAGACUAUCGCGACUUUGAAUAUUCUGGUCCUCCGCCUUCUGCAGUAGGUAAUCUUGAUAAAAGACCCUCAAAAUCCAUUUUAAAAUCGAAUAUGCUCUCAGAUUCUAUAGAUUACCAGCCAAUAACACCUAUUUUCAGUCAGUCCCAAGAUUUUGGCAGGCAAUCCUUUCCUCCUUUACGAUCUACUUUCAGCACUAGUGAAAGCAAUGCCCAAUUGUCCCCAUCUACACAAAUGUAUGAAACAUAUAACUGCUUAAGUAAACUUGAGGCUCCUAAAUCUCCAUCAACCCCAAAGGAUGGCCAAUUUUUCUCCUCUGACGGCAAUAAUUUGCAUUCUGGCAUGUCACAAACUCAAUUUACAGAUUCUCCACUAACUCUUCAAAAAAGAUCCCAUGCUUUUACAAAUAAGACUACUAUUCCACCUUCAAUUUGUAGAGCACCAAUGUCAAACAUGGAACAAAUGGACACUGAUGUGUCCGCUACUUCAACUAUGGAAUUUAAAAACAUGCUUAAAAAUGCAUCUCGCAGGCCUUCUGAUGAGAACCAAUUCACCCAAUCAGGCAAAAGCAAUUUUAAUGAAGAUGUAAACAUUUCUGGCCUUGGUCAUACUGGUAUGACCUCUGAAGAGAGACAGCUUCAGGAGGAGCACUAUCGCAUAGAAACAAGGGUGUCCUCUUGUGUUGACUUGCCUGACGGCUCAGAAGAAAAAGGUGCUCCAAUUGAGACCCUGGGAUAUCAUAAUUCUGGUAAAAUGAGGAUUUCAGGGGAACCUAUAAAAACUGUAGAGUCUGUAAGAGUUGGAGUAAAGGGGAACAGAGGACUUGGUAUAGAUGGAGGUAGAGGGGGUUGGUUUGAAAUGGGUAGCAGAGGUAGCCCUUUUAAUGACGGCCCAUCCAGUGCUGAUGAUGAACCAUCAGUUAGUGGCGGCAGCAGUGGGGUAGGGGGGUUUGAAACGCGUUAUGAUGAGCACUUACCACCGUUUCAAGACACUGUCAGUGACUUUAGAUCAAAAACUAUGCAGGCGUUUGAGCAUCGCUUACCACCGCCUCCAUUACCACCAUCCCUGGUACCUCCUUUAGAUCGAGGAGGACCAUUUCAAAAUGAGCCAGCUGGCCCUCCGUCUGUGCCACCACCUGGUUUACCACCUGAUCGUUUUACUAGAGACGUACCUGUUCCUUCACAUAUGCCCUCUGUAGAGCCUAUAUUAUCUCAUGGUACUCACCCUCCACCCACGGAACAUGGAGGCAAUCCCUUCUCUGGACCUCCACCUUCAGAACAUGGAGCAAAUCCUUUUUCUGGACCCCCUCCUCCAGAACAUGGGGCAAAUCCUUUUUCUGGGCAUCAUCCUCCUCGAGACCAAAUUGGCAUGCCAUUUUCCCCUCCGCCAUCUUUAGAGAUGCGGAAUCCUUUUUCACCGGACCAUGGAAACAUUCAUCAAGGAACAAUGAAAGAUCAUUUUGGUUUGGGCCCAGGACUACAGAGAGACCUUGGAGCUUUAAUUCAUGAUCACAAUGGCCCAAUGCUUGGUAGAUAUAAUGAAAUACCAGCUCCCCAUUCUAGAGACCAUCUUGGAAACUUUAGUGGUCCUCCACAUCAUUUUAAUGCACCACAUCUUAGAGACAAUGUUGGUGGCCUCAGAUCGCAUAGGCCACAAUUUAGGCCCAGGGAACAAUAUCAAAGCUUAAAAAGGCCAAGGCCACCCUUUGCACGAGGUCCGCAGUUUUUCGCCCCAAAACGUCCCUUCUAUCCCCCAAGGUACUGAUUCAAAAUGUAAAGUCAUAAGUGUGCAUUGGUACUGGUCCACAUUUGCUGUUAUCUGGUGAGGGAGUUGUGUGUUAGUUAAACAUAGCUUAAACCUGGAAAGCAGACUACAAGUAUUUGUUUUUCCUGGUGUAAGGCCACAGAUAUAAAGUCACUUUACAAAAAGGUUGACUUUUUAGUGGAGGAUUUUUUUUUUUUGUAUGCAACUCCCAUCCAUUUGCCCACUAUACCAUUCUGAUGUCAACUCCAUCAACCAGUCAGCAGCUGGGUGAAUAUUUCAGUUGUCCUGAAGUGAAAUCUGACGCCUAAAUAUUCAUGCCUGAGCCACAAAAUGGAGCCAGUGAACUUUUUCGUCUGCUCAGUUCUCAACGCCUCUGAAGCCUAUCCUGAAUCAACCCAUUGCUUUGUUAUAUCCAGAUAGGUGAGUCACAGGGGCAGUUAUAGGGACGCUAGUUUAUCAGAGGUCCGAUAAAUGAGUUUGUUUUGCUAAGUGUUAACAUUUCCUCUUUAUUAUUGUUGCCACAACCCCCUUUCUCUUCACCCCCAGUGCAUCGAAAAAAAAAAAAAGUCUUCAGAUGCAAUUAACCUGCAUUAUUCCACCACUCAGGACUUGUGCCGGCUAAGAAUUGUUCCUGUCUAUACUUCUCGGAGCUUGAGGAGCAGAGUAUGAAGACUUGGUGGUGUUAAUAAAACUCCAAGUUGUACAUUAUGCUUUCUGUGUUUUUGCCAGUUGCGAGGUUAGAUGUUCUUUGUAGCAAACGAAGGUUUCGAGUGAUACAAGUUUGAAUACACAGUUUUAUGUAUCAGUCUACAACACAAUUCUAAAUGACCAACAUAACUUUAUCCAUGCAUACUUCAGUAUGUGAAAUGUAUACACUUUAAACUUGUGUUCUAAAGACCAGUGAAUUUAAUUUCAUGUUCUCAGCAUGGCUUUUUCACAAGUGCUUACAUUUUAUUCAUGCCUAGAAAAAGGCAAGAGAUCUGUUCUGAGCUAAUGUUUAGCACUCCAACAUUGUUCCCAUUGAUUGCUAAUGCCCUUUUCUAGUAACCAUUCUUUACAAAAGUUUUGCGGGGUGAGAUCUAACACAAAUGUAAUGGUUUUUUUUAUUUAGUGUUUGGGAGCAUAUAUGUUGGUCAGAGUUAUUAUUGUUCUGACCAUACAGGAGAAACUUUUAUUUAAAAAAAAAAAAAAAAAAGAAAAUGCCUUUGCUUUGCAGCACAGAUUUAUUGGGAGACCCCGGGCACGGAGGUGUUGAUGGCAUUCUCACAUUACUUAAAUCGAUACCGACCAGUUCCUAUAAAAAUCAUAAGAACGUGUCCAUAUCUAUGUGGUGCUUUGUGCCGAAUCGUUUUGUCUAAAAGCCCCCCAAAGCGGUCCUCAGUCCUGCGAACCUUUUUUAAGCCAACCCCUCGACACUGCUAAAUGAUCUGUGUUGUUUCAGUAACGCUGGGCUGGGGGUGGAGCAUUCCUUCCAUAGGCUUAUUACAAAUGAAAACAGAACUUAAGUCUAUAAAAGGAUCGCUCUGCCCCCAGCCCAGUGUCACAGAAGCAAUGCAGAAGAUCCUUUAGCAGUGUCGGAGGGUCGGGUUCACAGGUAAUUCUUUUGGUUGUCGGGUGGUCCCUCAAUCCAAGUGUAUCAAGGUUCUGCACAACAUAGUCAGUGGCACCGUCCAAGCCACAAUAUAUCCAAGGUAAAAGUAAAGUGCACUCUGGAGAACCACAUUCGAUUCAGUGUAUUUUAUUUAAUCACAACAUGUUUCGGACAGACAUGUCCUUCAUCAGGUGCUACACAAAGGCUUCACAAAGGUUCGUAGGCUGGGGGGCUAGUCGAAACUAUUAGUCGCGGAGCACCUCCUAGAUAUGGAGACUUUCCUAUGAUUUUUACAGUAACGUGUCGGUAUCGAUUUAAGGAACUGACAUUUUAGAUUUUCUCUAUGCAUUUAAAUGACUGCAUCUCUUACAUUUAUUAUGUGAAAUAUUCACAUUUUGUAAGGGGCUGAACCUCUACCAAACCAACUGUUGGUACGAGCUGCAAGUUUGUUAGUGAGACGAUGCCACAGAGGGGAUUAUUUAUCAAAGGUUGAUGAAAAAUUUGAGUUUUCAAGGGUAUCCUUUUAGUCAUAAAUCGAAUUUUUUGGGUUAAAAAAAAAUUAACUCGAACCUGGAAAUAGCUUGAAUUCAAAAAUACACCAUCUAAAACCUCUCGAGGUCAUGUAGUAAGUUGCAGAGAUCCCUUGUAGCCUUCAUGAUUUUUUUUCGGUGGGUUUUGCUAGACAAAUCGAUUAAUUUCAAUUUUCUAGUUUCUCACCACAAAUUCACUGGUUCAAGUUAUUUCCAUUUGAGUCUUUUCUUAAAUUAGAAACCAUUCAAGUGUUGAGUUAAUUUGAGGUCUACAAAAGCUCACAAACCUCUAAAACUCGCCUUUUGAUAAAUAACCCCCGCAAUCUUAAUUUAUUUAGAACUGCUUGACAGACAGAAAAUUGAGCUUAGAAGCAAUUUACAAUAACACACCGUAGAAUAUCUAAAUGGUCAUUUUACUUCUACCAAGGCAGAAAGCGGUUCACUCACAUGUUGCAUCUUAAAAUGUAAAUUAUGCAUGAAAUGUUUCCUACCAUAUGAAUAUUAAUAGUGGAAAGGUUGCAUAUGUAGGAGUUGUAGUGAAGGAGAAAUGGAAACUUGUCCAUUGCUCAUGGCAGUUGCAGCUACUGACCACAUUGCAUUGCUCAAAGCUGAACACAAAUAUUUAACUCCACAUUGCAUACAAAAGGGACUAGCAGAAACAUUAAAUGUAAACAUUGCCUUUGUUUUCCAUCUGUGAAAAGUAUAAAUGAAGAUUCCAUGGAUUGUAUUCCGUUUAAUCAUACUAUAUCCUCCUUUACCUGUUAACAGAGUACAGUAAAUGUUUUGGAUAAGUAGCCCAGCCAUUAAAGGACAACAGAACCCUAAAAAGCUAGUUAUGCUGUGUUAUAUAUACUGAACUUGCUCUACCAGUUUAGAGGUGUGACAACCCUAUAUCUAGUUAUGAGCCAGGCCUUUAAAGUUGUCCACAGCAGCUUCCCAUAUUAGAUUUUGUUAAACCAUCUGUUACGUGUCCGUGCACAUGCUCAGUAUGCUCUGGGCUGCUGUUCAGAAGCUAAGCUUAGCACUUGUUGGAAACUUUCUAGACCGCAGAAAAUAACUUACAACUAUACAUUUCUUGUCAAAGCUGAUGCUACAGGGUUGAUGAUUCUGUUCCGAUCCAUUACGCACCAGUUUCUAUUCUGGAGAAUGUGAUGCCAAUCUAAAUUACUAAUUGGCCUUAUUUCAUGAAUUUAAAAUUGAAUGUUAUUGUGUGUCCGUUCCUAACUGCCGUUAGACCAGAGCUAAUGGGGAGCUACUAGGGGCAUCUUCAGAGGCACAGAUAUUCACUGCUAGGGCUAUGGUGGUCUCAAGCCCCAAAACAUAAAAAUGUGGUAUUUCUAACCUAAUUCUUUGAGCUUUAGUUCUUCUGAAACAGCAUUUUUGUGUUGUUUUGUGCAUUAUAUAUUACAAAAGAAUUCAGUAAUUUUGUCACGACACACAUUCUGAUCUAGGGUCCCAGGCUGUACUGUUAAGAUAUUAAUGUUCAAAUUUGUAUUCAGUAAAGGAAGAAACAUUUUGAAACUCUAAAACGUAAUUAUAUUCAAUGGAACGUCCUUCGCCUCUCCCAAGAAAUUUUCUAAAAUAUCGCUACCCUCAUUUUGGGCACAAUAUUUUUAACCGGCUUUAACUGCAUAAUUAAAUGUUCAAUGUGCUGCUUUCUCAAGACAGCCGAUAUUCUUAAAAUUAGAGCUACUUUGAAAGUUAUAUCUUCCAGGCCUUUUUUUGUGGCAUACAGGCUUUAAAACGGGUCCUAUAUCCAUUAGAUCCUAGUAAAUCACUAUGUGUUACUGAUUUCUAAAAGUAGCACUAAACUUAUAAUAUCCAAACAUACAGCCUUGUUGAAAGAAAAUGCUGUAAAUGUUGACUUUUUUUUUUUUUCUUCCUUGUGCCUGUUAAUAACUUUCAUGUGAUCAUGUGGGGAAAAAUUAUUCUUGCAUUGCAGGCAGAACUAAUAAAAAUAAGGCCGUCUGAUGUG